UCGAAAUUGCCAUCGCCUAAUUUUGAGCCAUACUGCACAUGGAUCUUAUUCGAUACCCCUUGAUUUUCUCUCUCAAAUAAUAGUUUCGUUCAAACAUGUGUGUAAACAUUUUCCAACCGCCUAUUGUAAAGCUGGAAGCAUAUCCUCUUUGCUGACGUGUGAAACCGGUCACGUACACUCCUCAAUAACCCGCACUCAAACGCCACCUAACUACUCAUCAUUCAGCACCGAGUUUCCAAAUCAAUAAAAGAAUCAAAACAAAUCCUAAUCGGAAAUAAUUUUCCAUCACAGCAAAGUCUCAAUCACAUAUUAUAAUCAGAGGGUGUUUUUUGAGAAGAUUAGUUUUGAUUAAGCGAAUUCAAUUACGAUGGGUGCCAAUACUUCAAGGGAUGAGGACGGGAGUUACAAUGGUGCUUCUUAUCAACCGACUUCGUCUUAUUCUCGAAAUCAGCAGGGAAAUUAUCCGCAGCAGUCUUAUUCGUAUCCAUCUCAAUAUGAACAAAAUUAUCCGUCUCAGUACGAGCAAAAUUAUCCGGUUCAGGAGGCAUAUCCAGCGUAUCCACCACAACACCAUCCUGCACCAACACCGGCACCCGCACCCGCACCCGCACCAGCGGCUGCAACUCCAGCUCCAGCUUAUGGGGGUCCGCCUCAUAGACCGCAGAAUAAAUUUGACAGGAGAUAUUCGACAAUUGCUGAUAGUUACAGUUCGUUGGAACAGGUAACGGAGGCUCUUGCACGUGCAGGUCUCGAGUCGUCUAACCUCAUUCUCGGUAUUGACUUCACGAAGAGCAAUGAGUGGACAGGUUCAAGAUCCUUCCACCGAAAAAGUUUACAUCAUAUUGGAGAUGGUUUGAAUCCCUAUGAAAUGGCAAUAUCCAUUAUUGGGAAAACCUUAGCAGCUUUUGAUGAAGAUAAUUUGAUCCCCUGUUAUGGAUUUGGAGAUGCAUCCACACACGAUCAAGAUGUUUUCAGUUUUUAUCCCGAAGAGAGGUGUUGUAAUGGAUUUGAGGAAGUCUUGAGUAGGUACAGGGAGCUUUUACCCCAUCUAAAGCUUGCAGGCCCAACAUCAUUCGCCCCUGUAAUUGAGAAGGCUAUGACAAUUGUUGAAGAAAGUGGUGGGCAAUAUCAUGUGUUGGUUAUAAUCGCUGAUGGUCAGGUAACAAGAAGUGUGGAUACUGGGCGUGGUCAAUUGAGUCCACAAGAACAGAAAACUGUAGAUGCCAUAGUUGAAGCAAGCAAGCUUCCACUAUCAAUUGUAUUAGUUGGAGUUGGUGAUGGGCCGUGGGACACAAUGAAGGAAUUCGAUGAUAAUAUCCCUUCUCGGAGCUUUGACAAUUUCCAGUUUGUGAAUUUCACGGAAAUCAUGACCAAAAAUGUGCCACCAAUCCGAAAGGAGACAGAAUUUGCUCUUGCAGCACUAAUGGAAGUUCCUACUCAGUAUAAAGCAACGAUCGAACUGAAGUUACUCGGUAGUCGCAAAGGAAUUUCUCCCAAAAGGAUCGCCCUUCCGCCCCCAGUUCAUAUUGCACCCUCUUUUAGCAGCUCAAAACCAUCACAUUCAUCUGGUUUUCAUGACCCACAACCUUAUUAUGACCAAAAUGCCCCUGUUACGGCUGUUCCUUAUUAUGCUCCAACUGGUGUAGAGCGCACUGCACCGCCUAUCCCAGCUUCUACAUAUGAACAUCAGCUAUGUCCCAUUUGCCUAACAAACUCAAAGGAUAUGGCCUUUGGCUGUGGACAUCAGACAUGUUGUGAUUGUGGACAACCGCUCAAGUUGUGCCCGAUUUGUAGGAGUAAAAUUGAAACCAGGAUUAAGCUUUACUAAGGUUGGUGGUCAUCUUAUUCCCACACCUCUAUAUAUUAUUCUCACACCCUUCUUCACUCUAUCUCUCUCUCUCUCUCUAUAUAUAUAUGUAUAUAGAUCUAUAUAUAUGUAUAUAUAUGUAUAUCUAUGUAUAUAGAGAUAGAGAUAGAGGAGUGGUGUGUGAAUAUUAACACCCUUUCUUUAUUUGAUUUGGCUAGUGGUUUGAGUUGAAGACUUGUUUCAUGACGAAACUGUAAAUUGAUGCAUAUUUUAUAUUUGGAAAAUAGCCCAUGAUAUUUGUGUUGCACCCAUAUGGAUAUUUUUCUAGAUUGUUACCAAGUUCCAUUUCACUAUUA